AUGUCUGGAUCGAGUUUCUUAGAUAACUCGAACUUUGGAAGUUCAUUCCUCAACGGAAUCGAAGACAUCGGACUUGGUGGUGUCGGUCCACCAAAGAAAGCUAAGCCAAAAGUUGAAGAAAAGAAACCUCCACCAAAAUCUACUUCAUCUAAUACUACAACAAAGAAAUCAAACGAUACAAAAGGCGAUAACAAAGGAAGUAAAACUACAUCAUCAAAACCAGGCGGUCCAAAACGUGGGCCACGUGCUCCUUUAAUGAAUUUAGGUGAUUUAACAUCAAUUUUACCUCCAGCGACAACACCAAUAAUAUCACCAAUUCAGAAAUCAACUGCAGAUCCAUUUCAAAUACCAAAUACAUCACCUAAUUCAACUCUUUACAAUCCAAUUCAAAUUCAUCAAAUGCCACAGACUCCUCCCAUAUUGACCAUGAUAGAAAAUAGGCUAACAAGCUCUCUCCAAGCGUCAUUAAAGAAUUUAGCUGCAGAAUUUAUACAGACACUUCCAACUCUUUUCCCUGAUGACGAUUUAGUAUCGCAAGCAGUAACUUCAUGUGUAUCAGACCUUCAGGACAAGAUCAGAUCCAUUAUUACCUUCAAUGUCGAACAAAAUCCCAAUACAAAUAACGUUAAUUCGAUUUUUGCUUCAUAUGCUCCAUUAUUCCGUGAUUUAUACUUCGAAGCUGAAAAAGCAAAAGGCAAAGAUUACUCUGUUUUCGAUAAUUCCAUUAGAGAAGCAAGAGCAUCAGCAAAUUCAGCUUCCACAGCCUUUCAGACACAAAUACAAGAAGGACUUGAUGAAUUUACAGCAUUAAUAAAUGAUCUGAACUACUCUAGAAUGAAUUACGAGACUGCAGCAAGAUCAUAUCAAAAAAAUCAUUCUCAUCUGCUUGAAACAUACAAUACAUUAGAAAUCAGAAAGGCAGAACUUGAUGCCGAUGCCGAAAUCAUUGAAAUGAAGAAGAGACAUCUUGAAUCUGAACAAGAUAAAAAUAAUACAACGGCAGAGAUCGAUAUUACCGAUCUUGCAUCAAUUGCAAGAGAAUCUUUGGACACAAUAAAGUCAAGUCUAUCAGCAGAUGACAUUUCUCAGCAAGUUAGUCGAACUUCUUAUAAUAUUGAAUCAAUUUGUGACGAAAUCAACCAAAUGAGACAUAUUAAGUAUUACCAGAUGCAAGACUUCCAAGAUCAGAUUACAAUGGCCACUUCUGUCACUUAUACUUACAAUACUCAACGACAAAUCGCUGAUGACACAGCAAUUCCUGCCAUUGAGUCAUCCGUUAUUGAAGAAGAUAACGCAUCUGUAACGCCAAGCCAAGAAUUAAAGAAAAAAUUGAGAUCAAUUUCAAUAGCCCGAAGAGAAUCGCUUCAGAAGGCCACUGACUUCAUGGAUAACGUAAGGAGAGGUGAAAGAAGAAGAUCUAGGAAACAAGUUACCGAUAUAUCCCUUCUAAGUUCUGUAUAA